AUGCCGGUGUGGCUGCGGGAGCACAGCUGGCGCCAGAGCCUCAGCGCCGUGUACCUCUCGCUGCCCUUGCGCGGCACCCGGGCCACCGCCGCCAACAUCUUCUGCAGCGAGCAGUACCUGAAGGUAAGCAUCCCUCCGUUUUUGUUUGAAGCCGUUUUAUAUGCUCCUAUUGAUGACACAAACAGCACAGCAAAGAUUGGAAAUGGAAACAUUUCCUUCACUUUGUAUAAAAAAGAACCAGCCAUGUGGGAUUCCCUAACUCUAGAAAAUGCUGACAAGGAGAAACUACAACAUCUGAGAGAGAAUGCUGUUCUAAAAGCCCAAGAAAAGGCAAAAGAGGAGACAGAAGCAAAAAAAAUUACAAAACAGGAAAACAAAAAAUAUGCUUUGGAGGCCACAAUGAAGCUAGAGGAAGCAGAAAGAAAAAGAAUUGAAGAUCUAAAAGAAAAGGAGCGGCAGAAGGUCACUAAAGAGUUGGAGUUAUGGAAAAACCAGCAAAAAGAUGGUGAUAAAUACAAGAGCAUACAAGCAAAAGAGGAAUUACAUCAAGAAAAAGAGCCAUUAAAAGAGAGAAAAAAUGAAAAAAUGAACAAAUCUCAGAUUCCUAAUGAAGGAAGUUCUAAGACAAGACUCAGAUCCACAAGAGGUGGUGGUUCCUGUAGUAUAUUUUCACAGGAUUUAAAGGAAGAACAGUUACCAGCUCCCCGAGCUGCUGCUACAAUUAAAGUCAACUUUACACCACGAGUUUUUCCCACAGCUCUGCGAGAAUCUCGUGUUGCAGAGGAGGAGGAGUGGCUGCAUAAACAAGCAGAAGCUCGAAGAAUAAUAAAUUCUGAUUUAUCUGAGCUGGAAGAUUUAAAGGAAGAGGAGAAGAAUCCAGAUUGGUUAAAGGACAAAGGAAACAAAAUGUUUGCAAUGGGAGACUACCUUGGGGCUGUAAACGCCUAUAACCUUGCAGUGAGGCUGAACAACAAACUCCCCCUGCUGUACCUGAACCGUGCUGCUUGCCACCUUAAACUGAGAAAUUUGCACAAAGCUAUUGAAGAUUCCUCCAAGGCUCUGGAGCUGUUGACCCCACCUGUUCCUGACAAUGAGAACGCUCGAUUGAAAGCCCACGUGAGACGUGGAACAGCGUUUUGUCAGCUGGAAUUGUACCCUGAAGGCCUCCAGGAUUAUGAAGCAGCUCUCAAGAUUGAUCCUAAAAAUAAAAUUAUAGAAAAAGAUGCUGAGAAGAUUCGACAACUAAUUCAAGGAACAAUGCAAAGUUCUUAAUUAAAAAAAGUAUAAAAAAGAAACUUUGAUGCCUUUGAGGACAUCAGAAGGAAUCUUAUUUCUCUUCAGUGUGUGUUACCUAGACAUUUUUCUGCUUCACCUGGAACACUUACAAAUUUGGUAAAAGAUUGGAUAUAUUAUUGGAAACGAUAGUAUUUUAAACAUGAUUGGAUACAUUUUAUAUAAUUUUGAUACAAAGUUGUUGUAAUUUUACUUUUUGUCAUCAUUCUGUAUUACUCUGACAAUUUGAAACCCUGGACUUGAAGUGGUUCCUUUUUGUUAAAUGUUCUUUCCAGACUGGGGCCAUUUCAACUACACUCCUUUCACUUAGCAGCUUUAGCAGACUUCUGAAUUUUCUGCAUCAGUCUCUUUCCUGAAUACCAUUUUUGACUGAUUUCUGUCUCUAUAAUAAAGUAUUUAUCAUGCAGAUAUA